AAAGUUCUUUUCACCGACCGGCCGGACCCUUCCCGUCUGCUUCCUCCGCGUUCCCUCCGAUCUCUCUCGCCGGAGAGGAGGAGGAGGGAAUGAAAUCCUCCGGUGCCGGCGCUCGCACAGUAUGUCUAGAGCUGCUGCGGUUGAGCUCAUCGAUGUUGUCGUGUUGAAAUCGGGCUACCCAUUUCGCGUCCUGUGUAGUUUGAGCUCGACUGCGGUUCGUCUGACCGAAAGGAGUAGUUUUUAACUUGUUAUGUGGGCUGUGGAUGGAUCCGAAGUCGCCUUCGAAAGUCAAGACCUCUAGUGCCGGAUUUGGGCGUUAUAGGGGGGCGCUGAAGAUUGGUGUCGUGAUUGUUCUUGCUGGGUUGUCGUUGUUGUUGUUAUUGAGUGGUUGGCAUUUGGGCUGGAAAAGUGUCGUGUCUCGUGAUCCUGGACGGUCCUACUUUACGGUUGUCGUGGACUGUGGAAGCACCGGCACGCGUGUGAACGUGUAUGAGUGGAUGUUGAGAGGUGCAAAUGAAUCGGAGCUGCCGGUUCUGGUGAAUUCUUACCCUGAUAGUUUGAUCAAGAACCAGACUUCCAACAGCUCCUGUCAGUAUCACUGUCUGCAAACUGAGCCCGGUUUAGAUAGGUUCAUUGGCAAUGCUAGCGGAGUGAGGGCUGCUCUGGAACCGUUGAUAAACUGGGCAAAAAAGUGGGUGCCCGAAGAAAGACAUCCGGAGACUCUGAUUUUUGUUCUCGCGACUGCUGGACUCAGGAGGAUGGCAGUUAAGGAUGCAACGAGGGUCCUGGACGAUGUCGAAGCUGUUGUCAGGGAACAUGCGUUUGUUUAUAAGAGAAGCUGGAUAAGGGUAUUGCACGGAAAAGAGGAGGCAUUCUAUGGUUGGGUAGCUCUGAAUUACAAAAUGGGGAGACUUGGAAAUCAAUCUAGGUUGAGCACUUUGGGGCUUCUCGACUUGGGAGGUUCCUCGUUGCAGGUAGCAAUGGAAGUACAUGAUUCAGUGAACCAUGAGCAGUUGGUAAGACUGAAGGUUGGUUCUAUCGAACAUCGGGUAUUAGCCUACUCGUUUCCAGCAUUUGGAUUGCGAGCGGCAUUUGAACGGACCCUCGUCAUGCUAACACAAAAUGAAACACUAAGACAGAGGGAUGGUAACUAUAUCCUUAGCCACCCUUGUCUGAAUCCAAACUAUGUGCAGAACUAUACCUGCUAUAAUUGCCACGCAGUGAAUACCACUGAUGAAAUAUUUUUGGGCAGUACAAAGCAAAAGGCAGAGUUUAGUAUUAUGAAUGUCAUUGGAGAUCCAAACUGGGAAGAGUGCAGAAUGCUUGCAAGGGCUGCUGCUGCCAAUUCAAGUUACUUAAAGCACUCGUCUGCAGUAGUUGGUAAAAGCAGGAAAGAGGACGUCUUUUACCACAAUGGUGGUGACUGGCAAAACAUCACAGGGGUUGCCCUGCCUGAUAUGGCUUUUCAUGCUUUAUCAGGAUUUUUUGCUGUUUACAGUAAGUUAAGAUUAAGCGGUAGAGCUAAUUUCACACGAUUGCUGGAGAAAGGUCAUCGACUAUGUUCAGAAUCAUGGAUCAAUUCAAGCCACAUCACUGAACAUGGAAACUAUGGAGGACAAUUUUGCUUUCAGGUGCCUUAUUUGGCGUCGCUUAUCGACGAGGCGCUCCAUGUCGGUGACAGGCAUAUCAUAAUCGGUCCAGGGGAUAUAUCUUGGACUUUGGGAGCUUCUUUGGUCGAGGGCAAAUUUAUACAAUUGCGUCCCUUCAAAGCCGAGACGGCACUGUCGUCUUUUAAAAUUAAAACAGUGGGCUCCAUCCCAUCCCCUGUUUUUCUCUUUGUCCUACUUUUAUGCUUGGGAGCUUUCGUUUACCGUCGACAGAUCAAGCUGCCUAUGCCCCAAAAGAAGGGUGCUGCUGGGAUUUCACUGCCAUUAUGUAAUCCUAGACGCCAAAGAAGCCUAUAAUUUUGACCAUGGUUACCUCGGUCUUUGUAGAUACUAGAUACUCCAUACGAUCAUGUACCUUCCCUCGACAGUCUGAGUUUUUUGCAUCCUUCUAGGUUACAGAAAAGAUUCAUUCCAUUGUAGUACAGAAUUUUAGUAUUUCUAUUUCUAUCGCAAUUCCCUUUUUCUUUAUGGCAA